AUGGCAUCAUACUCGACGGCCACACCGCUCCGAGUCAUCGCCCAUAUCGACCUGGAUGCCUUCUACGCGCAGUGUGAGAUGGUGCGUCUCGGAGUCCCCGGAGACGUUCCUUUGGCGGUGCAGCAGUGGCAAAGUCUCAUAGCCGUAAACUACCCGGCAAGAACAUUCGGCGUCACGCGCCGAACCACAAUCACAGAAGCCCGCAAGCUCUGUCCCCAACUCGUCGCCCAGCACGUCGCCACCUGGCGUGAAGGGGACGACAAGUGGGCGUACCGGAGCGACGCCGCCGCCAACAUCGCGCGGGACAAGGUGUCGCUGGAUCCGUACCGUCUCGAGUCGAGGAAGAUCCUCGCCGUCAUGAAGGAGGUGCUGCCGCCGGCUCCGCUGCAGAGGAUUGAAAAGGCGGGGAUUGAUGAGGUUUUUGUUGACCUCUCGGCUCACGUGCAUCACAUCCUCCUAGCGAGGUUCCCCGAACUCUCUCCCACUCCUGGAACGGAUCCGUCGGAAGGGCUGCCUCCUCCGCCUGUAACAGCGCUGGACUGGCACUCGGAUUGUCUCGUGCCUCUCGACGAAGCGGAGGAGGUUGAAGACCCGGACUGGGAUGAUGUGGCGCUCAGCAUAGGCGCUGACAUCGUACGCGACAUUCGCGCUCGAGUCUGGGAAAAGCUACACUACACCUGCUCCGGCGGAAUCUCACACAACAAAGUCCUCAGUAAACUAGGCUCCGCCCACAACAAACCGAACAAGCAGACCAUCAUCCGCCGCCGUGCCGUGACGUCCUUCCUCGCCCCCAUCAAAUUCACCAAGAUGCGCAACCUAGGCGGCAAGCUCGGCGACCAAGUCGCUUCCGAAUUCGACACGGAGGAGAUCAACGGGCUCCUGUCUGUACCCCUCGCCAACUUGAGCGCGAGGUUGGGCCAGGAGACGGGCCUAUGGGUUUACAAUACUAUCAGAGGGAUUGACCAUAGCGAGGUCAACUCUCGCACUAAGAUUAAGUCUAUGCUCUCUGCCAAGUCCUUCCGCCCCGCUAUCAAUACGCGUGAGCAAGCCGAACGCUGGAUAAAGAUCUUCGCUGCGGACAUAUUCAGCCGCUUAGUAGAAGAAGGCAUACUAGAAAACCGCCGGAGGCCUAAGAGUGUAAACCUCCAUCUAAAGCACAACAGUCGGACUCGUUCCCGCCAGACAUCAAUCCCUCCGGGUAAGAGUUUGGAUCAGGCCUCACUCGUCGAGUUGGGUAACACACUUCUCACGCAAAUCAUGUCGGAAGGAGAGGUAUGGCCAUGCUUUCACCUGAGCAUGAACAUAAAUGGCAUCGAGGACGGUGUCACGGGGAAUAUGGGGAUAGGGGGGUUCCUCAUGAGGGGAAAUGACGCGCCCGGAUCAAAGGAAUCAUCGACGGUUCUACGGAGCGAUCAAGCGGCUAGCUCGGAUUCGAAAGUACAAGCCAAUAUCGAUGGCGGAGCGGAUAAUUCCGAGAGAAAGCGUCGACGCUCCGGAAGUGAAAGGAUAGAUCAGUUUCUCGGCAUGACAUCUGUGCCCUCGAAGACUAGCCAUGGCGACCAAUAUAGGGAUGAACGUCGAAAAUGCUACGCAACUAGUGGUAAUGAGGCCCAUGGCAUCCACCCAACUAUUCUGGAAGCAAAGCUCGACUUAGGGCGGACGAAGUGCCUUCCUAUCCCAGAAGCUUCUAGGGACCUCAAAGGCCAUAGUGGCCGGAAUCGACUGUCAGGAGAAGGGCCGGCACUGACGUCAGACCAUCGAUGCCCAAACCGUUUCAGCCAGACCGCAGCUGACGAAAAGGAUCGCCCCGCCCUGUUUACGUGCGGCAGAUGUAAUACAUCGUUUGCUGAUCCCACGGACCUACAAAGCCAUAACGACUGGCACAUUGCUUUGGCCCUCCAGGAAAGGGAGGCUCAGGUCGAAGAACGUGUUCGUUCAGCAUUUGCCGGCCGUCUGGGCGGUGACCUUGGUCAGCUAUCCAGUGCCAAGAGCGGGAGAAGGUUAGCAAGUGGGCCAACUACGUCUUCUUCAACCCAGUCGUCGAGACGGGGUGGUGGUCGUGGAACAAAACCAAGGCUCGAGCCGGGUCAGAAGCGCUUGAACUUUGGGUAA